AUGGAGAGACUUCAGGAGAAGCUACUGAAGUUUCCAGCUAUUGCAAAUGGUCUUGAGAGCUACCUGGUAGAAGAAGGUUUUGCAGGAAUCACUAUGAUCCCCCCACUACAAAAGCCAUACCAUGAACUGUGUUUGGGAAAAUUAAUCAAUGAAGACACCCACACAUGGAAUUCUCUAUGUCGACAAGAAGUAAACAUCAGAACGUAUGAUAAUUCAGUACCAAUCAGUGAAUCAAGCAAAAAAUUAUGGAAUCAACAAUACUUCACUUUAACAUUCCCCAAUCCACCCCAGCCAGGUAGAAAAAGGAGAUCAAGAACUUCAGGAUUACAAAUCACAGUUCCUAGACAUAACAAAAGAAAUUUAAAGGAAGUUCAGAAGCCACCUCAUAUAUGGAUAAGGCAUUCUUUAAGAAAAAAAUUUCAAAGGCCAUCUAUUUACUUAACUAUCAGUAGACAAGUUUCAUUCAGACAUCCUUAUACUCCUAUAACCCAUCCUAAAAUGUCAGAAGCUAAAAAAUCCAAUGGAAAAAAAGGAACAACUUCAAAGAAAGUUUUCAAGAAAGAUAUAAGCCCACAUGGAACAACUCUAGAAUCCAAUAAAAUAGUAAAUUAUGAGAAACCUAAAAGAAGAAAUAAAACAGAUAAAAUUCCACUAAAAUCAUCACAUGAAAGUGAACUAUCUAAGAAAUCAAAGUCCAAAUCAGAAAUAAACCCAGAUUCCAAAGAAUCAAAGUCCAUCUCAAUAACGGAUCAGAAAAAAGAUAAGAGAAAUUCAAAGUUUUCCAGGGAUAUGGAUAUUGAAUCCAUAUGUGCAAAGAAGUAUUCUAAGAGUUCAAAGAACAAUUCUGAUGACAAAUCAGAGACUUGCUCAAAAAAUAAUUCAAAUAAGGAUUUAAAGAGGUAUUUAGAGGAGUCUUGUGCUGAAUCCAUGGAAUUUGAUAUAUGGUUAAGGAAUUACUCACAGAAUAAUUCAAAGAAGCCUCCAAAGAAGGAAACAAAAAAAGAUGCAAAGAAGAGCUCUGAUGCUGAAUCUGUAGAUUCAAAAGAUGCAAAGAAAGAUAAGAAAAAUACAAAGAAAGACAACAAGAAGGAUGCAGAGUCUACUGAUGCAGAAUCUGGGGAGUCAAAGGAUGCAAAGAAAGAUUCAAAGAAAAGUAAGAAAGAUUCAAAGAAAGAUGACAAGAAAAAAGAUGCCAAGAAGGAUGACACAUCUACUGAUGCAGAAUCUGUAGACUCAAAGGAUGCAAAGAAAGAGUCAAAGAAAGGUAAGAAAGAUUCAAAGAAAGAUGACAAGAAAAAGGAUGCCAAGAAGGCCACAGAGUCUACUGAUGCAGAGUCUGUAGACGCAAAGGAAGCAAACAAAGAUUCAAAGAAAGGUAAGAAAGAUUCCAAGAAAGAUUACAAGAAAAAGGAUGCCAAGAAGGCCACAGAGUCUACUGAUGCAGAAUCUGUAGACUCAAAGGAUGCAAAGAAAGAGUCAAAGAAAGGUAAGAAAGAUUCAAAGAAAGAUGACAAGAAAAAGGAUGCUAAGAAGGAUGUCAUGUCUACUGAUGCUGAUUCUGAAUCUGAAGCAGAUCCAAAAAAAGGUAAUAAGGAAUCAAAGAAGGAUAAGAAAGAUUCAAAGAAAGGUGACAAAAAUAAAUCUGCAAUGAAGUCUGAAGAAUCUACUGAAACAGAGUCCGAUUGGGAGUCAAAGAAGAGCAGGAAAGGUUCAAAGAAGGUUAGGCAAGAUUCAAAGAAAGAUGCCAAGAAGGGUAUAGAGUCUAGUGAUGUUGAAUCUGAUGUAUCUUCCAAGAAAGACCUAAAGAACCCUCCAAUGUUUAAAAGUUCAGAUGCUGAAUCUGAAGAAUCACUACAUAAACUUGGGCCUAAAAAGAGAGUUGAUGAAUCAGAUGCCACAUCUACAGAUUCAAAGAAGGAAACACUGGAACCAAAGAAAGUAUUCAAAAUGCCAUCCAGAAGGACCACUUUCAAAGAAAAAGGAAAAAAAAUAAGUACAGGUAGAGUUCCUCCAUCAAGAGAAAGACCACCACUACCUCCUUGUGAGCCUUUACUUCCAUCACCUAGGGUCAGACGUCUCUGUCAGUGCCAGAUCCCUCCUCCAUAUCCAAAACCAAGAUAUGCUCCUUUGCCUGAAGCAAAGUGGAUUCGCAAGCUGCUUUAG